AUGGAGCGAGUGGUGCCUGAGGUGUCCCUCCACCUCCUGUUCUUUCUGAGGAAGGAGUAUGGGAGGCCUGAGCACCUGAGCAGCCUGCUGGCGUUUGAAGGCCAGGUGGAGGUAGAGCUGGGGGACACAGAGCUCCGUCUGUUCGCCCUCUCCUCUGGGAAACUGGACCAGGCUGAGAAGGAUCUGCUGGGUGAGUUUGGGGAGGAGAAGAUUGACCUGCCCAACGGUGUCCUCCCAGCUGAACUGAAGUCCAAACUUGAGAAGAAGGUGAAGGAGAUGAACCAGAGAAGCCGCCGGGUGGUGGCCAGGUACGGUCCUGGGUGUAGAGUGCAGCUGCUGGGCCACCUGAAGCAGGUUCAGGAACUGAGGGAGGAGAUCGGGGACUUUCUGAUAGGCCAGUCCAGUGGAAGAGUUGUGGGACGCCCUCAACAGAACCAUGGUGGCGAAGUCGGUGAAGCGGGCGCCGGACCAAGAUGUGAGGAGACGGUCGCAGCCACCAGCUAUUGCCUCCAGGGAGGGCUGCGGGUAGUGGUUUGUCAGGGUGACAUCACCAAGGAACAGGCGGACGCACUGGUGAACGCAGCCAAUGAGGAUCUGGAUCACGCUGGAGGUGUGGCUGCAGCUCUGAGCCGGGCGGGGGGACCUGAGGUACAGCGGGCCAGCAGGGAUCUGGUUAGGCAGAUAGGGAGAGUACCCACAGGUACAGUGGUAGAGACUACAGGAGGGAAUCUGCCUUGUAAGAUGCUGCUGCAUGCGGUGGGACCAGUAGGUGGCAGCGUAGGUGGGAAUGAGCGCCCUCUGCUGGAGAAGACAGUAAUGGCAGCCCUGGAUCUGGCAGAGACCCUGGAGCUCCAGACCCUGGCCAUGCCCUGCAUCAGCUCAGGGAUAUUUGGCGUUCCUCUGAAGGUGUGCUCUGAGGCCAUAGUCUCUGCAGUGAGGGACUUUGGGAGGGAACAGCACAUCCUUACCAAGGUCACUCUGAUUGAUGUGAGUGGAGAGGCAGUGAAAGCCAUGCAGGAGGCCUGUGAUAGGCUGUUACAGGGUAAGAGGGAGUUUUCUGGUUGGGAGGGAGAUUCUAGCACCACCACUACCACUACACAUGCUCCUCAGAGAGACACCACUUCUGCCUCCACCAGGGGAGCAGCGGCUCCAGAGGUCUGUGUCCAGGUGGAGAUCAUCCAGGGAACCAUAGAGAAGCAGCAGGUGGAUGCCCUGGUGUCCCCCAUGGUUGGUAGUGACCCUCUCUCCUCCCGUGUUGGUAAUGUCUUGUUGGAGGCAAAUGGACCGGCGCUGAUGACAGCGUUUCUGAGGGAAUCAGGGGGACAGACUGCACCUGGUGACAACGUCCUGGUGGAUGGACUGUCUGGUCUCGGCUCUGGCCGUGUCUUCUUCCUCAGCUGUGCACACUGGGACAACAACUCCCAGGGACCAGCAGUACAGGUGUGUCCCCUUGUAUGUGUGUGUGUGUUUUGA